GGCUUCGAUUUUUUUUUUGUUAUCGAGAAGUGUCGAAAAGUUUUGAAACAUGACUGAAAACUUAAAUAAAAUUUGUAAAACGUGCUUUAGCACUGGAAGGACCACAAGUCCAAUCACAGAUUUGAAAUUUCUACUUACAAAACUUAAUAUGAGGGAGAUAGAUACAUCAAAUGGUGAAAUUUGUUGGGAGUGCAAGGCGAUUAUGGUUAAGUUCUACGAUUUCAAGCAAAAAGCUAUAAGUUUGCAGAAUUUAUUAGCAGCGGACCAGAGCAAACUCAAUUCAGUGAGCACAUUAACAAGCAGUACAAAACAAUUGUAUGAUUAUGAAUUUUAUUUUGACGAAGAAGUUGACGAAAUUAAAUUAGAAUCAACUACAGCAAUUAAUUUAAAAGAUGAAUAUAUAGACUUUGAAAUCCAUGAUUUUAACGAAAAUAUUGAAGAAACGGAUAUAAUUCUAAAUAUAGAUAACACAAAUCAAAAGGAAGAACAAAUAAUAAAUAAAGCUGAGACAAAUGAAGAAAAAAAUAAUAUAAAAGAUACAGAUAAAACAAAUUUACAAGAUUUAAAGAAUAAUGUUAAAAUUAAGUGUUCAAAUGAAAAUGAAUUUAAGAGAAAGUUCAAAACAGUAAUUUAUACAGAAGAAGAGUUAGUAGCGAAUAGAGAAGAAAAGAGAAGUCAACCUAAUUACAAGAAAGUACCUUUUAAAUGUGAUACAUGUGUGCUUGGGUUUAUGAGAGAGGAUACUUUUGAUUUACAUGUGAAAAAGAAUCACAGCGAGAGCGUAGGAGAAUAUAUGUGUAAAAUAUGCGGAACGCGAUUCUCCAGUCAAUACCUCUUACAUAUACAUGAAAGAAGGCACUAUAUGUCUUAUCGCUGUGUCUUCUGUAGAUUCGAGACUUUUUCACAUCGCGGUGCGAUUAAGCAUUGUACUGAUAAGCAUUUAGAGGAUGAGGCUGGGAAAGUGCAUUGUGGCCAAUGUGACAGUGUCUUUAUGUCUGCAGAUGAAUUAGAGAGUCACAUGUCCGUACAUAAUAAAAUCACAUGUUCGGAAUGUGGUAGAAACUUCAAAGGGAAUUACGCACUGAGGAAACAUAUCGAACACAUCCACAAAGUGGAAUCGAUACAAUAUAGAUGUGACCAUUGUCGAAUGACGUUCAAAAUGAAAAAUCGCCUAGAAUCACACAUGGCAACACAUAGUGUAAUGUUGGCUAAGAAACUAUCAUAUUGUGACGUAUGUAAAGUGCAAUGUAAAAAUAUAAAGAAUUAUAGGAAUCAUUUGGCUUACAGCAUCAAUCAUUCGGAACCAGCGUAUGAAUGUUCAACUUGCAAGAAGAGGUUCGCGAAAAGAACGUAUCUACAAAAACAUAUAAACAUCAGCCAUUUGCGAAAAUCACAGUAUAAAUGCAGUAUCUGUAAAAAGUUAUUUAUAACUCGUUGGCGGUUAUUCAAUCAUAGACAAAAGAAACAUGGUGUUGCCAAAAGCAGAGACCACAUUUGUAAUGAAUGUGGCAAGAAGUUUUAUACGGCAACAACGCUCCGUGCGCACCAACUUAUACAUUCGGAUGAAAGAAGUUUUAUGUGCGAAGAAUGCGGUGAUACAUUCAAACAACCGGCAGCUUUGUACACACAUUAUAAACUUGUACAUAAGGGCAUUAAAAUGAAACAAUAA